AUGGCAGGUUCCCAGUUGAAGAACCUGAAGGCAACUUUGAAGGCUGCAGGCCUUACAGGCCAAACGAACGUGAAGAAGAAUAAGAAGAAUUCUAAAAGACAGCCUAAGGCUUAUGAUCGUGAAGAGAAGGCCAGAGUUAUUGCUAAUAUUAGGGAACAGUUUAAUCCCUUUGAAGUGAAAAUGGCCAGAAAUAAGAGAAGAGAAGGUGGGCCAUCGAGUGUCGCAGUUGGUAAACCUGGGAUUUCCAAACAAAUUGGUGAAGAACAGAGGAAAAAGGCAUUUGAAACUAGAAGCUCUAUCAAAAAUAGAAGAGGUGGUGUCAUUGAUAAGCGUUUUGGUGAAAGAGAUAAGGAUAUGACUGAAGAAGAAAAAAUGUUGGAACGUUUCACGAGAGAAAGACAAAGCCAAUCGAGGAAUAAAAAGAAUAUCUUUAAUUUGGAUGAUGAUUAUGAAAAUGAUGAAGAAAGUAAUGAAGAUAUGUUUGGUAAUAAUUUAACCCAUUUGGGUCAAUCUUUAGAAGGGGACUUGGGUCUGGAUGCUGAGGAAGGAGAAUUUCUAACGAAGUCAAAAAGACCACAUUUUGAUGAUGAUGCUACAUUGGGGGAAGUGAUGGAACCAACGAGAAAGAAAACAAAAGCUGAAGUCAUGAAAGAAGUUAUUGCCAAAUCGAAAUUCUAUAAACAUGAAAGACAAAAGGCAAAGGAACAAAUGAAUGAUCAAAUUGACGUCUUAGACGAGGAUUUUGAUGAUGUGAUGUCAGAACUGAUGUCUACUCAACCAAAAAAAAAAAUGCUGGACCCAAAAAGUGAAAAAGAUAUCGACUAUGAUGUCAAGGUGAAGGAAUUACUUCUAGAACCAAGGGCUGCACCAACCGAUAGAACCAAGACGGAGGAGGAAAUAGAAAAUGAGGCAAAGGAGAAAAGAAAACAAUUGGAACAACAGAGACUUGAUCGUAUGCAAGGUAUGGUUGAAGAUGAAGAAGGUCAAGAAAAGGGCGUGGAAGAUUUAGAUAACGAGUUCUGGGCCUGUUCUGAGGAAGAAAACGAAUCCAAUGAGGACAUUGCUAAUUCAGAUGAUGAUAUAGAAUUUGAAGAAAAAGAUGAAGAAGAUGAAUUGACGCAUAGAGAUAAUGGAUGGGCACCUAGAACUACUGCACCAGCAAUUGCAUGCCCAUUGACCCAUAAUGAAUUAUUGCCAUUAUUAGAAAAGAACUCAUUGGAUGAACAUCCCAAGAUAAUCAGAAAAAUUAUUCAAGCAAACCAACCUAAACUUGCUGAAAAUAAUAAGGAACGACUUGGAAAAUUUACAGGGGUAUUACUGAGACAUAUUUUAUUCCUCUCGAACGAAGAUUAUUCUACUAACGUCGAAGAUUUUAAGACAGUGCAAAAUUCCCUGGUUCACAUACUAAAAAAAUUAUCUGAAAAGUACAACCAAGCACUCUCUAAUGAAUGUAGAAUAAUCAUCAAUGAAAUUCAAAAACGAUUCAAGAUAGAUUAUUUUGCAGGACUUUUGAGAAGUGAUUUGGUCUUCUUUACAUUGAUUGGAUCCCUCUUUUCUACCUCAGAUCAGUACCAUUUGGUUGUCACUCCGUGUCUAAUCUUAAUAAGUGAAUUUUUGGAGCAAAUUAGAUUUACUUCUUUAGAAAGAUUUGCUUUUGGUGCCGUGUUAGCAAAAAUAUCAUUACAGUAUCAACGAAUUGCCAAGCGCUACAUUCCAGAAUUGGUUUAUUUUUCAGAGAAAGCUUUAUCCACGUUCUUGUCGCAAUCUAAUAAGAUUGUAAGAGUAAGAAUCGAUUCAAAGGAUCUUUCACUUCCCAUCAAGUUAGAAGAUAUCGAUUUUCAUAGUAGUAAGAUAAAACUACAUGAUAUUUUUGCACAAAAAGAAGAUACCUCUAUUGCAUUUCAAGUCACUAUUCUAAUGAACAUUUUGGAAUCAAUUGAUUUUGCUAUUUCAAGCAUAUGGAAGAACCUUCCUGCCUUCUCUGAAUUAACUAUAUCAAUUCAAAAACUAUUAAUUGAAUAUCAUAUUAGAUACCCCAAACUUGAGAAAACUAAACAAAUCUUAGACAAAUUACAAAGACUCCAGAAAUUUGAUGAACAUAUUCCUUUAACUUUGCAGAAUCACAAACCUGUAUCUAUCCCAUCUCAUGCUCCUAAAUUUGAAGAAAACUUCAACCCUGAUAAGAAAUCAUACGACCCUGAUAGAACAAGACAAGAAAUCAAUAAGAUGAAGGCACAAAUUAAGAAGGAACGUAAAUUCACCAUGAAGGAAAUUCGUAAGGACACUAAAUUUGAAGCAAGACAAAGAAUCGAGGAAAAGAAGAAAUCACAUGCUGAAUAUCAUGCCAAGAUGGCACAUAUCAUUAACACAAUAAGUACAGAAGAAGGUGCCGAGAAGAAUAAAUAUGAAAGAGAAAAGAAAUUACGUAGUGGUAAGAAGUAA